UAAAAUGGUCUGUACGACAAAGAGCUUUGAUCAGAGCUCGGCAGCUUGUCCCUUUCUCUGAACAUGGAGGCCCUGGAGGAAGCUGAACUCUGCUUUCCCCAACUCAACACCUCCUGCAAGAGGGCGAUGCUUCCUCACUCAGAGCUCAUCUACAGCGCGUUGUCCUGCAUCACUCUGCUCACUGUGGUUCUUAACCUGCUGGUCGUCAUCUCUAUCUCACACUUCAGGCAGCUCCACACCACCACCAACCUCCUCCUGCUCUCUCUGGCUGUUGCAGACUUUUGUGUGGGUCUCCUGCAGAUGCCAGUUCUACUUCUCCACAACCAAGGCUGCUGGUACCUCGGUGACAUUAUGUGUGCUGUACAUUACUUCUUGGGUUUCAUCGUUAUCAGCGUCUCUGUAGGAAGCAUGGUGCUCAUAUCUGUUGACCGCUAUAUAGCAAUUUGUGAGCCCAUGUUCUACACCACCAAAGUUACUCUGAUGAGAGUGAAAGUAUGUGUUUGUCUGUGUUGGAUAUUUUCUACUGUCCACAGCAGUUGGAUCCUGAGGGAUUUCUUAAAACAACCCAACAUGUACAACUCCUGUUAUGGAGAUUGUGUAGUUGUGGUCAAUUUUGCUGAAGGACUUGUGGAUCUUGUUGUGACUUUAUUAGGCCCAAUUUUAGUCAUUGUAAUUUUGUAUUUGAGAGUCUUUGCCGUGGCUGUUUCUCAGGCUCGAGCCAUGCGCUCUCACGUUGCAGUCGUCUCACUUGAGCGAUCAGAGACUGUAAAAGCCAGGAAAUCUGAGAUGAAAGCUGCCAGGACUCUCGGUAUUGUCGUACUCGUGUUUCUGCUCUGCUCUUGUCCAUAUUAUUGUUUUGCUGUUGCGGCUGAGAGCAACUUGGUCGGGGCGUCCUUUGCAUCCCUUCAAAUUUGGAUGUUGUACUUUAAUUCCUGUCUCAACCCUGUGAUCUAUGUUUUUUUCUACCCUUGGUUCAGAAAAACGAUCAAACACAUUGUGACACUGAAGAUACUGCAGCCUGGCUCCUGUGAGGCCAACGUACUGUAGAAAGAGACUGUGAUGGAUUUACUGUAAAGACACUGAAGAGGAAAUUUUAAAAAACUUUUUUUUAUUCUCUUCCAAAGUUUGGAAGUAAAUGGAAAAUAUUGCAUUACAUUGCCGUGUGAUAAUUGAAACUGUUUGUAUUUAAUUAUAAAAGUCACAUGCAUCAUGUUGUGCAGCAGCUAGUUCAGAAGUACAGUACCUUUUUUAUUGCAGUUCAAGAACAGUUGUAGUGUGAUUAUGUGUGAGUUCAUAAAUUCUACAUAACAUAUGCAAGCACACGCAGUUAUUAUCGCACUCACGGCUUAGAAAAAAAAUUACACCCAUGUCACAUCCUUGGCUCCGUAGAUCUGAGAUCAAAUGGAUAUAUAGAAUUCAUGCACUCACCCAUUAAUGUUUCCUUUUCCUCACAUUUUUUUUCCCUUUUCUUAAGAUAAAACCUCAACAAAAAGAACUGAUAUAAAAUACUUGUAAAGUACCAGAUUGAGAAACAUUUUUCGGAAGUAUCUUUAAAAUAUGAACUGUACCCAUCCCUAAAAAUCAAUGCUUUUCCCCAUCAUUAAAAUAAAGCCAUGAAA